AGGCCCUUGCGUGGUAAAGAAGCUGCCUCCGAUUCCAGCUAAUGCUGCCUGUCAUGCAGCUGCACAAGGGGACGUAUCCGCCCUGACGGCAAUGGAUUUCAAGGACCUGGCAGCUUCUGAUGAGACUGGCAACACCCCGUUGAUUUGGGCAGCUGACUCCGGAAACCUGGGUGCCGUGGAGCUGCUGCUAUCUGCUGGUGUUGAUGACACCGCCAAAGGUUUCUUGGGAAAUUCUGCCCUCUCUCGCGCGUGCCGCCGUGGAGAUGAGUCUAUCCUGCGCUUGCUGCUUGCGCGCAGCACCAAAGUGAUAGAUUUGCCAAACGACAAGCUCCAGACCCCACUGCAUUUUGCGGCGUUCUAUCAGCAUCUUCGUGUCGUGCAACUAUUGUUGGAUGUUGGUGCCAGCACUACAGCUGUGGAUUGCAAGGGACGUACCCCAGCCGAAGCGUGUGACGCAGAGACAGCGGUGGGCAGUGGGAGGGAAAUCCAAGGCAUGAUCCUCCAAGCAAGGCGGGCAGGGCAAAUUUUGCCAACUCAGCGACGUGCGUAGCUCUGAAAGGUUGUAGGCUGUCUUUUCAUUCCCCUGUUGGCUGAGUCUCUAGCUGGAUCGAAAGGAUGUCCCGCGUGGUGCGAAAA